AUGCUCAUCCUCAUUGCCGGAAUUUCAGGCUCCUUUGGUCAAUUGCUCGCCAAAGUCGCUCUCUCUCGCGGUCUCUCAGUCCGCGGCUUCGGCCGCAACCCAACCACUCUCAACCCCGACAUAUUCUCUCAGCUCGAAUCUUUCGUCCAGAGCGCAAACUACUACGACAUACCAGCUCUCAAAAAAGCCGUAUCCGGAGUCGACGUAGUUAUCAACGCCUAUGCACCAACUCCAGUCCUAGACCUCGAUGGCCAUCUCCUCCUCCUGCGUGCCGCGGAGCGAGCUGAUGUUAAGAUCUUCAUCGCUUCCUCGUGGAGUAGAGACUGGACGAACAUUCAGUUCGGAGAUUUUGAGCAUUACAAUAACCACAAGGCUUUCCAGCACCAAGUUGCUAAUACCAGCCCCAUCAAGCCAGUCUACAUCAUCAACGGGAUUUUUGCAGACUUGUUAUGGUCACCCUAUGGACCUGGAGCAUUUGAAGCUGGGGAGAAGCCGAGGAUGAAAUAUUGGGGAGAUCAUGGGAAAACCGAUAAGCAUCCGUGGAUUGCUCAAGCUGAUGCGGCGGAGUGGACCAUUGAUAUUUUGUUGCAUGGCGAGGGUGUACAAGCUGGCAAAGGGGGGAUCUUCAAAAUUCAGACCGGCAACACCACUAUCGAGGAGCUGGCUGCCGUGUAUGAGAACGUAUGUGGGACCAAGGUUGAACUUGUACGGGAGGGUAGCGUGGGGGAACUUGAAUCGAAGUUGGUAGAGAUGAGAAAAUUGCCUGCGCCGUUGGCGUAUUUUGGAUGGAUGUCUGAGGCUGCGGCGUUGGUGGCUAGUAAGGGGUUGUGGGAGAUGAAAAGGGUGGACAGGUUGACGCAGUUCAGAACGCCUAUGCCCCUUGGGCGGUGGUUGAAGGAGAAGAUGAGUACUGCUUGA